AUGGACGAAGUCAUGCUCGCCCUAGCGGCGGUGGCUUUCAUUUGGGUUGCCACCAACGCAAAAGGUAUACCCCUGUCAUAUACUUUCCAGCUAUUGCCCUCGGUAUAUCGAUUUAUUCUCCCUCGUGUUUUUCGACCCAAUCGUGAGCUAGUCAGGUCCUCCGACGAGACAGAAAACGGCUCGUCAUUACUACGCCACUUCACGUAUGCGGUGCCGUUGCUCUUCCAAUACUACACCACCAAGUCACGGGUGAUUCUGGCCGACAUUGAUAUCAAUCUCCACAAAUCCAACAGCACGUUUUUCACCGAUGCAGACAUCAGCCGGGCCACGCUUUUGAGUACCUUACUGGGGAAAGCAUUGGCUGACGUGGGUCCAGCUACGCCCGUUCUUGCAUCGGUCCAGUCGAAAUUUCUGCAUGAAAUCCGACCGUACCAGGCCUAUUGGGUGUGUUCUCGGAUAUUAGCGUGGAAUGACAAGUCACUCUAUACGGUGACCUAUUUCCUGCGUGAAAACAUGGCGCAGCUGCCCGUUGAGGUAGACAUCCUGGGCGGAGGUCCUACAGCGGUGCUGCGGCACGACAAGCUCAAAAAUGGCGUCUUAGCGGUACUGGUGACAAAAUAUGUGUUCAAAGCUGGACGAAAGACAGUGCCGCCGGAAAAAAUUUUGCUGCGCGCUGGCUUAUUGGUGGAGGAUGAUAAUAAUAGUCAUGAUAAUUUUGACCAGGACCCCUGGGCUGGGAAACGCGAAAUUUGGAACGAGAGCAACAUAGAUGUAGCGAUUGGACAUGGUUUGCAGUACAUCAGAGAGAGCAUGUUCUAG